AUGGGCGUUGGUGCUGUAGCUAGCGAGAAAAUAUAUGCUGGUUACGCUCAUCUUCUUGAUCCAAAUCGCAAGUGGUAUAAUAAUUGGCGACUUAUCCGCCUGAAUGCCUGGAUCGUCUUAUUCCUUAUCACAUCUUCAACUAAUGGAUACGACGGGAGCAUGAUGAACGGGCUACAGUCCCUCGACCAGUGGGAGAAUGCCUUCAACAAGCCGUCAGGUUCCAUGCUUGGCCUUCUUAAUGCUAUCCAAAACAUCGGAGCUCUUGCUGCUUAUCCCUUUGCGCCAUAUCUUUCGGAUGGCAUUGGGCGAAGGCCAACCGUUUUUGUUGGAGCAGCUAUUAUGAUCGGUGCAACUGCUCUUCAGACAGCAUCUCAAACUGUCAACAUGUUUAUUGGUGCACGCUUUAUGAUUGGUUUUGGUCUCACGUUUGCUACGAACUCCGCACCGAUGCUUGUCUCCGAGAUUUCAUAUCCGCCAUACAGAGCAGCUCUCACUUCAGUGUACAAUUCGCUUUGGUACUCCGGUGCUAUCAUCGCUGCAUGGUCAACGUAUGGUACAUUCAAAAUUCCAACUUCUUGGGCGUGGCGAGUGCCUUCCCUCCUGCAGGGACUUCCCUCUGUUAUUCAGGUGGCCCUCGUCUGGUUUGCUCCUGAAUCACCGCGUUACCUUGUGUCGAAAGGCAAAGAGGCUCAGGCACUCAGAACGCUUGCGUAUUAUCAUGCGGAUGGUAACGAACAAGAUCCUCUUGUCCAGUACGAGUUUGAAGAGAUUAAAGCUGCUAUCGACCUCGACCGUCAUGUUAAUGCUAAUGUCGGCUGGAAGUCGCUUGUUACGAAAAAAGGAAACCUCAAACGUUUACGCAUCGUUGUCGCUAUCGCAUUCUUCUCGCAGUGGUCGGGCAACGGAUUAGUAUCGUAUUAUCUCAACAAAGUCUUUGAUUCGAUCGGCAUCACGGACCCAACGACUCAGCUGCUAAUCAAUGGUAUCCUUCAAAUCUGGAACCUUGCAAUCGCAAUCAUGGCGAGCUUCUUUGUCGAGCGCCUUGGUCGUCGUCUGUUGUUCCUUACCUCAUGUAUCGGCAUGCUUGUGUUCUUCACUCUUCAGACUGCAUGUGCCGGUGUUUUUGCAAAUACAGGGAGCGAUCAAGCAGCACACGCCGUUAUCGCAUUCAUUUUCUUGUACUAUGCGUCCUACGAUUUGGCGUUCACACCACUUAUCGUAUCAUAUACGAUAGAAAUUGUGCCAUACAACAUUCGCGCGAAGACCUUCAAUGUAUUCAACUUCACGAUCUCCCUUGCACUUAUUUUCAACCAGUAUGUUAAUCCUAUCGCGCUCGAUGCUAUUGGAUGGAAAUAUUACGUCGUGUAUUGCUGUUGGAUCUUGGUCGAGCUCGUCUUCUGUUACUUCUACGUCGUCGAGACAAAGGGCCGUUCACUCGAGGAAACAGCUGCGUUGUUCGACGGCGAAGAGGCGGUUGACCAGGUUGCAGGCGCUGCCCGCGAUGUCCACGAUAACCACUUGACCGACGACAAAGCCAGUGGGACAUCUUACCAGAUUCCCGAGAAGACGGUCUGAACGCAUAGUUGCUCAGUCUUUCUUCCUUUUCCAAUCUUGUCUUCCUUUUGUUCCAUUCUGGUCACGAUGCUGUUGUUAAUGUUCUCUUGGUCUUUGUUAUAAGCAACUGGUCGCAUCUGGUGGUACGAUAGCCUGAGUUUCAUUCACAUUCACCGAUAUUAUUAAUGAGUACGUUUCCCCGCUGGUGUCCUUUACGUAUUAAAGGAGAGUUCUCGCACGUAUGUAUGCCGUAUCACCCGAUGGCAAAGUAUGUAAGUAGACAG